AUGGAAUUGGUCGUCAAAUAUUUACUCUUGACUCUGGCUCUGACCUCAGUUCAAAUAUCAUACACCGAGAGUCGGCUUAAUGAAAAACGCAGGGACAAAACGGACAGGAGACAUCACUACACGCAGACGAGGGAUAAUUUGUGCGAAAUAGCAAACAGGGAGGCCAAAGUACACUGUUACUGCGAGAGCACUGAAAUCAAUACAGCAACUAGAGCUGAUUGCUGGGUGUUCAACGGUGGCAUUGAUGAGAGUGACCCAAUAUGGACUAGCUUUAAUUCACAACUUCGUUUAGAGAAGCUCACAUUCAAUGUAAGAUCUGACGGAGCUUUGACAUUCAUCCCUCUAGCAGUUAUCCACCGCCUCAGUAAACUGCAAAAGCUCUUUAUACAUUACGCAACGCUUACCAGAAUAGAAAAGAAGACAUUUGCCAAUAUGUCAACCAUAAAAGAAAUCACAUUGACCAACAACAAAAUAUCAGAGUUGGAUUUCUCAGCAUUUAAAGGUCUCCCGUCUCUCGUUAAUUUAACAAUCAAAGAGAACAAAAUAACCGAGAUACAAAGGGAUGUCUUUGUCGACUUGCCGAGUUUGAAAUAUCUAGAUUUGUCCUUUAACAGUAUUAAUCUCGCCCAUGACGGCUGCUUCGAGCAUCUGUCCAUAUUGAAUGAUUUACUAUUGGAGGCGAAUUUAAUUACGGUGCUCACAAGGGAUACUUUCAGAGGGCUCGCUAAUUUGACAAGAUUGGAUCUGAGGUCGAACAAGUUAUCAAUGGUCGGUGAUUUGACAUUUACAGAAUUGUGGAAUUUGAAUGAGCUCCUAUUAGACAAUAAUGAGAUAAAAUUUCUAUCUGAAAGGGCUUUCGAUGGAUUAGCUCUACUGGAGAAAUUGUCUAUGACCGGUAAUCAGUUGCAAUCUAUAAAUGAAGGGCUUCUUGAAGGAGUUCGUGGUCUAAAACUGUUAGAUUUAAGAAAUAAUGAACUGAAUUCCCUUCAACUGGAGACUGUUAAGCCAAUAUUUGAAAACUUAAAAGAAAAAACAUCCGUCAUAUAUUUAAGUGGUAACAAUUUUCGCUGCGACUGUCACCUGCUUUGGAUGCUGACUCUUCAAAAUGAGACGAAAAAUGAACCUCUUCGUUUGGCGUUGAGUGCUGUCACUUGCUCAUUUGAUAGAAAUAUGAGUACGCAAAGUCAAUUCACUGCAAAACCAGACGAGGUUUCUGAUGAUGUAAUCGAACUUGGAACAAAAAGCGGUCUUCAUCAGCAAAACGAAGAAGAGUUAUUUGGAGGAAAUCCAUUGUAUAAACUCGAUGGUACGGAAAUGCCUCAAACUGACGAAGUAACUCUCGUCGAUAUACCUUUGGAAUCUUUACCUUGUCCCGGUGAAGAACUCCAUAAAGGCGAAGACUCACUUAUGCUAUCGUCCAAAGACGAAAGUUUCUGGCAACAGAAUUCCAGUCCCAGUUGGAAGCCACAUAUCGACGGCAUAUUCGGCACUACUGGCUACACCACAGGCACAUAUGUUUGCUCCGUUAACUCUCACACAUCAAAGGACUUUUACGCCAUGAACUUCGCUGGCUCGCGUGGUCACACUUUAAUCGGCGCACAGGCAUCUUGCGUAGCGGACGUCUCGACU